AUGAAGCCUAACUGUUCACUUGCGGGCGCAUACUCGGCGCUGUUACUCGGUGCUGUUACGGUCGUGCGAGCACAGGCAAAUCCAGAUCCUAUAGGAACUAUCUACGAUGGCCCCUUACCAGCCAAUCUUUACGGGUCAAACUUUACGUACCCAUGGCCUAUACGACAGUUCAACUUCUACAAUCAACGCCAAAACCUGUCUAUGGCGUUCAUGGAUGUUCCCUCGGCAUCCGAUUGCGGAACUGACAGUAAGACGGCGGUCCUCCUUCAUGGCGGGAAUUUCUGCGGCGCCACCUGGGCAGAUACCGCGCGUAACUUGUCAGCAGCGGGCUUCCGCGUGAUUCUGCCGGACGACAUCGGCUUCUGCAAAUCCAGCAAACCCCAGGGCUACUCGUAUAGCGUGGACCAGCAAGCCAUGAACAUCAACAGUCUACUCACGGCGUUGAAUAUCACCAAUCCUGUUACCGUGAUGGGUCACUCCAUGGGCGGAAUGAUCGCCGCUCGUUAUGGCCUCAUGUAUCCCGACACCGUGCACCAACUCAUAUUAGUUGACCCGCUCGGUUUGGAGGACUGGGUAGCCAAGGGCGUGCCGUUUCUGCCAAUCGACCAGAUUUACGAGACUCAAGUCGUACAGACAUUUGAUUCCCUGAAAGCCUACGAGCAAGCUACCUACUUCCCCAACGCUACCUGGGAGCCCGCAUACGAUGUCUGGGUCAAGAUGCUCGCCGAUAUCUACGCCAACGACUACGGCAGCGAGUACGCUUACGUCAUGGCCCUUGUUACUGAUGCUCUCCUGAGCCAGCCCAUCCUCUAUCAUCUACCAUUGUUAAAGACGAGAACGUACCUCAUGGUCGGCGAAAAUGAUAUAACUGCUCUUGGCAAGGCCUGGUCCUCUCCCACAGUCGCUGCCACAUUGGGCCACUACGAUGUUAUCGGUCCGGCUACAGCAGCUGCCAUUCCUAACUCUACUUUCCAUAUGUUUCCGGGACUAGGCCAUGCGCCAUUCAUGCAAGACCCUGUUGCCUUCCAUCAGGUACUAUUCUCAUGGCUGGAUUAA